AUGACGACGAAUAUGCCCGUCCAAUCUGUUCAUGUAGAGCCCGUUGUUGAGAAAGAUCCUGUGGAACAGGUUUGUGUUGUUUUCGACUAAAAUUGUAGUGCCGUUGACUUAAUAAUUCUUUACUUAUACCCUCAAUAUUCUGCCAUCUUCUCAGUUCUUGUUUACCGCUUACGACAGUGCACAGUGAGUAAAAAAUUGAAGCAUAUCACGUUCAAAUAUGGCGAGAGGUAUAAGUUACUACAAAUAGGUACUUUUAGGACUUACUUAAAUUUUUAAUGAUUCUCAAAUUUUUGCGUCGCAGUGGCGUUAAAUUAACUAAGUUUUGUAAAGAAAUAUGGGAUUUAAACGACUGAUGUUGUGCUCCUAUAUGCGUAACAAUAUUUGCUUUCUUGUAGCAAAUAUUCGUUCACGUCGUGGCAUAAUUUUCUCAGCGUUUCUGCCUAGAAUGGAGAGAAUUUAAUAACAUUCAUGGACAUUGAAUUGUGAAAUAUGUUUUAGUCCGAAGACAGCGACGGAAACACAAUUGUUGCUCGUCAUUUUUAAUGUUUUCAUUAUGGCGAUAUUAUAUUUCACUUUGCUACAAAGGUUUGCCAUCACGUAUUAUCAAUUUUUUUUGAAAUAUCGUUGUUUUAGUCUUCAUAUUGUCGUAUCUAGUUUUUGUUUUCUAUAUAACAUUAUAAGGAAAUGAAAACUUUAGUGUAAAUUUUCUUUCACGUUUUGUCUUGAACAUCUAUACGACCCAACGACCGUGGGCGGAAAAUAUAUGUAUAUUUUCUGUCAAACCGAGCAAAACUGCUUGUGUUGGCGCAUUGUCGAUUUGAAGAUAUUGAGAAAUAACCUUUCUGUUACUGUGAGUAUUUUGGGACACUAUUAUAAUAUAUUUACAGUUUCAAAAUUACUUAACUGUUUUUAGAGUUGAAGGUAUGUAGUGUGUUAAUCUUCCUAGGCAAACAAAACAAAGUCAAAGGCUAGCAUUCAUGUCGCGCUAUUUUAAAGACGGCGUCAGUGACGUAUGUGAAUUAAAACUAAGAAUUAUAAUUGUUUAUCACGCCAACAAAAGAACAAUAUGGGCAGAAAACCCUUAGGUAAAAAAUAAAGCUUUGGAUAUUAUUGUGAUAUACCUAUUUAUUACCUACUGAUCUAUUUGUUUUUCUGUGUGAAAAUGGCUAUUAGCAGUGGUAAAAAUUCAUUUUAUCAAUUUAUGCUUGAUACAUUAUUCCUAAUAAUUUAUUCAACUAUUUGUAGAUAUUAGACAUAUUAGGACUAGAAGAUUCUCUGGAAAACAACCUUAAAGCCCACAUGAGUUUUAAGUUUUAUAAUAACCUAUAAGGCCCAGGCUAGAGAGUAUAACAAUAUAUAUCUGUGUUGUUUGAAUAUUUGUACCAGAUUUAUUGCCUAUUUGUCAACAUUAAUGAAUAUUUGGGAAUGAAAAUUGGCAUUUUCAUAGCAGCUUAUUAAUAACAGAUUGUUCAAGUAUCUGAUAUUAAAUUUUAAGCAUUGCAACUCAGUAGAAGUUUAGCACAACACAAGACUAAACAUAUAAUUAUAAAUAUUUGAGGUCAAGAAUAGAGGAAUAUGUGAAAGAAUAGGUGACUAUACUUCACAGAUUGUGCCGCAAUCUGAAAUUACUGAUUAUUGACCAAAACCCCAAGUAUCAGGUUGGAAACAAUCUACCUCAUACCGAUUUUAUAAUGAUGUCAUAAUGUAGUUGACCAAGUAAAGGUGAUAUCACUCAUUUUGAUUUUUUAAUGGUUAUUUCAAAUGUAAAAAUGUUACUGCAACCAAAGUUUGUUACAGCUGUUCAUAAAUGGGUUACAAUAUGGCAUGCUUCAAACAUUAAUUUUGUCACAGCAACAUAUGGUGUUAAAAUGCAACUGUACCAAUGCACAAUGUACUGUACAUCAUUUUUAAAGUGCAUAUUUUCUCAACAGUUGGUUUUAUGCAAUCAGAAAUACAGAUAGUUCUACUUUUACAGAUUAUUGGUCAAUUGCUAAGUACUGUACUUGAGUCAUAGCCUAGUGUAUAGGGUUGUUAUACUGUAAUGCUAGGUGCAUAAUAAAUCCAAACAAUUUACAGUGAAUUACACUGUUGAGAAUCUUGCACAGGUCAAUUAAUACUUCAGUGUAAGACAAUUAUUUGACAGGGGAAAACCCAUUACCAAGAAAUAAUUAAGUAUUUAACAAUUGUAAAAAGUGUUAACUAGUAGCUGGAUUAAAUCAUAGUUAUGAUUAAAUGCUCAGAGGUUAAACACUAUGUGUCACAUACAGUUGGGGGUGAAGAAUCAAAUUUGACCACUCAGCAUUUUCCAUCCAUUCAUGAACAAAGUUCUUGAUGGGGGAAUCCUGGCUUUAGACAGAGCAGAAAAGCUGCAGAAUAAAAAACAGGUACCACAUUAGGGCAUAUUAUUGCUUAAUGUGGUUUUUUGCUAAAACACCAAUGCUUAAGGUAAAAACUUUUUCACUAGAUUAUUAAUGCUAAUUUUUGUCUCUAGCAUUAAAAUCUUCAUUGUUUGAAAAAUAAUUGCAAUAUAGGGGUGCUUACAAUUCAUUAAAAACAAUUGUGCAACAGACGAAGGACUCGCACAAAAGACCUCUUAAUUAAACAAUACUGAGCUUGUCAAGAGGUGCACAACGGCAUGAAAAAAAGCCAAACAGCCUUAAAUUUAACAAAGAAGUGCAUGCCCAGGCAUGUUUUAGUAUGCAUGCAAAUAUUCUAUUUUACCAUCAUGGUUUUACAUUUGAAUCAACUUAGGGCCUGUUUACAUGGAGGUAGGGUGACCCUAGCAGAAGGGUUACCCUAGCAAGUGGGUUACCCUACUUCAAUAUGUUUUAUAGGAAGCGUCUACAUGAGCACUAGGGUUACCCUAGGGGUAGGGUUACCCUAUCAAACACAUAGGGUGACCCUAGCAGCAGGGCUAUCUUUUUGUUUACAUAAGCCAUGUAAACGCGUCAGGUAGGGUUACCCUAGCAAGCGGGUCAUGUUUUAUACGUCCUACUGUGACAGACAAACAAGGAUGGCGUCGCUAGAUAUAUGAACACAUCAGCCUGGCAAGUAUUUUAAACGACACCAGAAAAUAAAAAGGAUAAGCAAUUUACAAAUAAUUAAGGAACCAGAGGCAUAGAACGAAGCUUUGACUUUGGACGAGAACGCUGCGAAUGAUGUAGUUUCGAUAACAAAUUGUCAAAGACGGCGAAAAGGAAGCAAAAUUCCGGCGCAUCCUCAUCGACGUCAAAAAAACAAAAUAAAUGCCCUUGGUCAGCCGAACAUGUCGAAAAACUGUUGUGUUGGACUAUAUCAAGGAAUACAUUUACGCUUAUUUAUGCAAUGCGAGUAAUAGACCACAACAUUGAAAUAACAGACCACGAUAUUGAAAUAACCUCGGAAAUAACAGACCACAACAUUGAAAUGCAGCAAGCAAAGGCCCAAUAAAUAGCAUCACACAACUUGCCGCUAAAACUUUGCGUUUCGACGCCAUUUAUCCAAUACAGACUGCUUAGCGACCACGCAUAGGUAGGGUUACCCUAUCGGGCAACAUAGCCCUAGCAGUAGGGUCACCCUACCUCAUGUAAACGCUCGCUAUUUUCUGACCCGCUUGCUAGGGUAACCCUCCUGAUAGGGUCACCCUACAUCCAUGUAAACAGGCCCUUAAAUUGUGAAGGCAUUUCACAACUUUUCACCCAUCUCUGUCAGCUGUCCUGCCCUUUCUUAAAUGUGUUACUGUUUUAUCUAGUACUAGAUUGCUGAAGUAUCUGAAGCUUUGUAAAAUGCGUCAUGUACCAGAAAUAACCAAUUUGUAGCAGUAUAACGCUGUCUUUGAUUAAGUGUAUUUUUGAGCACUUGUGCUGCAGGAAGUCCAGCGUAUAUUCAAAAAGUGCUCAAAUGUUUGAACUUUAAUGGCAGCACUCUCCCCUUGACAGUCAUCAAAAUCAUCUGGUGUUAGACAGAGUAAAAUAAUAAUGUAUGGCAUCAGGAGCAAGGUGAUGCAUGGACAGAUAGUUUGAUUAACCCAAUGAGUGUUAGCACUCUCCCCUUGAUGAGUUAAUUGUCUGACUUUAGACAAAGUAAAAUAAUAAAGUAGGGUGCAACAGGAAGCAUUGCCACUUAAAGGGUUAACUGAUGCAAGAAAUUCAGCAUAUCUUUAUACCACCACCAUCUUGACCACUUGAUUGCUCCUUCUGGUAUCCAAAUUCUCAAAAUAAAACAUGCUUUCAGUCUAUAACUCAAUAUGUUAUUUAAUUGCCAUGAACUCAAAACUUCACUAAAUGUAAGAGGUUUCCCAUUCAGGUUCUGAUAAUUUGCGUACUUACGUACAGGAAGUACGUACAUCCCUAUUACGGUCUGGUACUUCUUUGUUUUCAGCAUACUUAACUUUUUGCUGGUACCACAUGACCAUUCCAAGGCCAAGGUAUUCAAUACCGUAAUUUAGUUGGUAUAUGUAUAGGUCUGACUUGUCUUGGCAUGAAACAUGAUUGGACUGGUAGCACUAAGGCGUGUUGAGGUUGAUUGUUUGUAUAUGCAAUUGCAUGUGCUUGGCAUACCAGUCAACACUCAGGUAUGACUAAAUGUCUUGUAUUAUCACACCCUGCCAUUACCUAAUGACAGAGUUCAAAAGAUUAAACAUGAAGAACUUUAGUUGAGGUAUUCAAAUAGGAUACUGCUGCCACAGUAUAGACAUCUAGUAUCCAUAAUUCAAAAUUGAUAUUGUUAGAAUAGGAUACUGCAAAUCUCAAACCCUAAGUAACAGAGUUUGACCUGUGCAGUAGCAUUACCACAUCUCAUCUUGUGACAACAUAUCCUUAUCUAAAACUCAAUACCAUUAUAGAUAUGGCUAGGAAGGAAAUUAAUAAUGUACACUAUUAAUAUUGAACUGAUGAAUGAGUAGGCAUCCUACAGUUGUGUACUGUCUAAGAAAAUUAUUCACUCCAUUAGCAGCUGAUAAGCAAUGAGCUGUGAGAAACUCCUAUAUAUACAGUAGGCAUUUCUGUCUAGUAACACAGUACACCACAGUCCUUGUAAUUCAACUAUUUCAAAAUAAUUGCUGAUGUUGUUUUGCCAAUUUGCUACUUGUUUUGGCAACAUUUUCUGCUGAGGAACAUAAUGAAUUGCUUCAUUAUGUUCAAUUAUAAAUUGCUUCUGCAUUUACUUUGGCACACUUCAGCACACAUUUCUAUCAGUCAAAAACCAUACCUAUUUCAUAUUACGCCUUGGAAAACAGUACAAUAUUGAUUGCCAUGUCAGUAACAUUACAGAUGCCUCCGUUCCCUUUAUCCCCAUCUCCAUAAUGUCUCAUUUUGGCUUUCCUUUAUCUCAUUAUUAUGCCCUCAUACACCCAUUCCUCAUAAGCCUUACCAAAACACUAAAGGUCCUUAUCUAUUUCUCGUGCACUGUUAUUAUUUAUUGUUAACAAUCAUUUAUUGUUUGACAGAUUGUAACUUUCUCAAAUAUUAUUGCCAUUUCAAUGGUUGCUUAUUACUGUUGUUGUUGAUCACCUAAUUAUUGCCAUUCCAUUCCAUUGUAAUCUACACAAAUGUUUCUUCGUUAUCCCUAUUUUGCAAAAUUGCAUGAACCACUGCUUCAGUUUUUUCCUUUUUUGCCUUGGGAUUUAGUACACUAACAAUUAGCCUUUGAUAAGUAUAUUAAUUUAAGUAAUUAUAGGUAUACUUGUGUAGUAGAGAAAGGAUGGAGAGAUUUUCCGAGAGAAUACAAUUGACCAAAACAAAUGUGAAGGAGGUGGUUGCUAUAUGUAAAAGUUUUAGAACAUGAAAGUGUUUCCAGUCUUAAAAUCCGUCUGACCGUGUAGCUCAGUUGGUAGAGCGUCGAUCUAGUAAUUCGAAGGUCACGGGUUCAAGACCCAGCCGCGGCAGACAACAUCUUUCUGCUUGCGCUGGGUAUGGAAAUUAUAUAAUACACACUCUAGAACAUUUUCAUCUUUAUAUAUAUAUAUAUAUAUAUAUAUAUAUAUAUAUAUAUAUAUAUAUAUAUAUAUAUAUAUAUAUAUAUAGAAUUUCGCUUACCUCAAAAUUCCGCAACAGUCUGUUUCAUCAGUAAAGAAUCAUCAACAGACUGUUGCGGAAUUUUGAGGUAAGCGAAAUUCUACAUUUGCUCUAUCUUUAUGAUAUUGAGCACUCUUUGCGUUUCGUAUACACAAACCUACUCGUAUAUAUAUAUAUAUAUAUAUAUAUAUAUGUUAUAUAUUUAAAUACGAAUGUUAUAUAUAUAUAUAUAUAUAUAUAUAUAUAUAUAUAUAUAUAUAUAUAUAUAUAUAUAUAUAUAUAUAUAUAUAUAUAUAUAUAUAUAUAUAUAUAUAUAUUAUAUAUAUAUAUAUAUAUAUAUAUUAUAUAUAUAAAUAUACCGGGUGGCCCAAAAAAAAGUACUCCUGUUUGAUUCGUAAUAACUUCUAAACAAGUAAAGUUUUUAAAGAGAAAUAACUUGCAUUAAAUAGAGGAAGGACUAACUUAGAUUUUGCUAUAUUACAGUUGUAUUUAACUUAAAAAUUCACGGAGAUAUUAAUGUUAAAAAUGGGGAGCAUAUUUUGGAAUGUGUCUAAAAUUAGCGAAAAUCGGCAUAUCAAAUAUUAACUCCAGCAUUUGUUUGCUUAAUGACAUAUUAGGCUAACUUGUAUUUCAGCGAAUUAUCGUUAAGGUUUGUAAGGGAUAUGGCGUAGAUUUAGACAUCUUACAUGUAAGUCUUAGCUCAUUGUUUCCUGAAAUAUGAACGUUCGAAAUUAUGCAAGUAUUUAACAUUAGGUCUUUGCAAACUUAAAUGUACAUGAAAGACUGACCAUGGAAGGCAGGCGCUUAAAUUUUUCGUAUUCUUAAAUAGCCUAAUUUUUUUAUGUUUUUAAUGGUUCAAACAGACUGAGUAGAUUAUUUCUCGGUUAGAGCAGGAUGAAUAUUCUUUAUUGAAGGAAAUAAUAUUGCUUUUUGCAAAUACACAUCACCGUAUCAACGCUACUAUUUUGUUACGUUUUGUUCAAAAAAUGUUGCAUGUCUCUGGGGAGUUGCUUAAUUGUUAUGUCUUAUGGAGUUGUAUGGUUUGAUUGUGUUUCAUAUAAUUCUCAGUUUACUCCAUGAACUUGCCAAGAUUAAGAAACGGCAAAAGAGUUUGGGUGUUCUUAACAAGAUUUCAGAACGUUGCAGAAGUUAGAAGAGCUUCACAAUUCUGUUGUGACAGCAUGCCCUAAUUCAGAACUACGAACGAUCCAAUGACGAUCCUUCGCGAUGCAGUGGUCUCAUGAAAUAAGGAAACGUAUUCGUGCUAGGAACACACGCGAAUUUCGGACGACUGAAUCUUGCUUGUAUUUUGUAGAUAUAAUAAUACUUUGUUUCAUAAUAAACAAUUUGUCAAGUGUCAUUUAUUUACUGGUAAUAGUGCAUGUUUCAGUCGGGCAAAUCUUGAUUAAUAUUUGAUAUGCCGAUUUUUGCAUAUUUCAGACACAUCCAGAAAUAUCCUCCCGAAUUUAAAGAUUAAUAUCUCCGUGAAUUUUUAAGUGAAAUACAACUGUAAUAUAUCAAAGUCUAAGUUAGUCCUUCCUCUAUUUGAUGCAAGUUAUUUCUCUUUAAAAGCUAUACUUGUUUAGAUGUUAUUACGAAUCAAACAGGAGUACUUUUUUUUGGGCCACCCGGUAUAUAUAUUAUAUAUAUAUAUAUAUUAUAUAUAUAUAUAUAUAUAUAUAUAUUAUAUAUAUAUAUAUAUAUUAUAUAUAUAUAUAUAUAUAUAUAUUAUAUAUAUAUAUAUAUUAUAUAUUAUAUAUAUAUUAUAUAUAUAUAUUAUAUAUAUAGAAAGAAUAAAUUUAAACUAUAUAUAUAUAUAUAUAUAUAUAUAUAUUAUAUAUAUUAUAUAUAUUAUAUAUAUAAUAUAUAUUAUAUAUUAUAUAUAUAUUAUAUAUAUAUAUUAUAUAUAUAGAAAGAAUAAAUUUAAACCAUAUCUAUUUUCGGAAUAUGUUUGCUCACAUUGAUCAACCAAUUCCUUUGGCACUUCUUCGACAGCCACUAUUGGCAUUUAAUAUUAUUUUAUCAACGUUAUGACAUCACACCGUUGAGUAUUAUGUCAAAAAUCCAUAUUUGGUCAGCUGUUGAGUUGUCUGUUGAUGUGACAAUUUCACAGUUGGCUAUUAGCCAAUCAGUAACCACGAAUUCGUUUGCAUGUCUAUCACCCCAAAUCUUCGCUUGAUUUCUUGAUUCCUCCAUCUUGUCCUUCAACAGAACCCACAUCUCAGCAUAUGCAUCUCCAUCCUUCUCAUCAGGUCUCCUCAGUUUUUCCUGCAUAGGAAAGAGAGCAAAGGCUCUCCCCUUUAUGAGUGAAAUCGUCUGGUGUUAGAGAAAGUAAAAAAUAGUCGGGUGCAUUUGGGCGUAUUGCUGUUUGAAGCUUAAUGGGGUAAAUAUUACAGUAAAGUAAAUUGUUAUUUCACUUAAUUAAUUGUAGGCAAGUGAAGAGCAAGAGUUUUUACCAGAAUGUACUGAUGAUACAGUACCUGCUGAAGAUUCACCAGGAUCUUCAGACUCAGGUGGUGAUGCAAGUGAAACUGACAAAAUGCAUGUAAUAAAUUUCCAUGGUUCAGAUAGCUGUAUGACAGACAUCAAACGAAGUGUGUCUUGUAUUUCAACAGUAUCUUCAGCUGGAGAAUUUUGCAGGAUUUGUCAUUGCGAACGAACUGAAAGUAACGACCAAACAUUGAUUAGACCAUGUUUAUGCUCUGGGACAUUAUUGUUUGUCCACCAGAGUUGCCUGCAAAAGUGGAUCAAAAGUUCUGAUAUCAAGAAAUGUGAAUUAUGUCAAUAUAAGUUUGAGAUGGAGGCCAAAGUGAAACCUUUCAGGAAGGUACGUACAGUACAUACAGUGGUGUCAAGUAACGAAGUAAAUGUACUUCGUUACUGUACUUGAGUACAAUUUUGAGAAGUCAGCAUUAACAAAGUAAACUUUUUCUGCAGUACUUUUACUUGGAACGAAGUCGUUUUAAGAGUAACGUUUUACUUCGUUAUUUUCAUUUUGUGGCGAAGUAUUUCGUUGCUUUCUAACUUUUGUUUAAUUUUAAGUGAUUUAUUUCUGAUUUAUUUUAAUUUUUGGAUUGGUAAUACGACCUCUAGUGGCUCUACAUGCCUUCUGGGAUCUCUCGUUUGUGGCUUACUUAUAAGCAUUAUUUAUUUAAUGGAUUUCUUAUAUCAUCAACAGGGUCUGGAAAGUAAACCAUGCCGUGAAAUAUUGUAUAUUCGGUGCACGCAUAUAAUGCGUGUGCUAUUUGUUAUUUGUAUGUCAAAUGACAACUUCGUAUUUAAAAAGCAAUGAGACAAACGUUUCGCAGUUUCUCAAGCAAUUUUGGCAGUUGAAAAAUUGCGCUUCCCCUCGUGUCUGCUUCAGUUGUUAAACAGUGCAUGUUGUUUGACAUUGUAUUUAUAAUUUCUUUCCAAACAGUGGCAAUCUUUGAAGAUGACUCAUAGCGAAAGAAGGAAGAUUUUGUGUUCAGUUUCAUUUCAUGUGAUCGCGAUCACGUGUGUUGUAUGGUCACUUUGGGUUUUAAUUGAACGCACAGCACAGGAGAUACGUCAGGGACAACUCGACUGGCCGUUUUGGACUAAACUUGUUGUAGUUGCUAUUGGUUUUACUGGAGGACUUGUUUUCAUGUACGUUCAAUGUAAGGUGUAUGUACAACUGUGGAGAAGAUUGAGAGCUUUUAACCGUAUAAUAUUGGUCAAGAAUGUUACUGAGGAAGAGGACGUGACUGAAUAUAUAUAG